AUGGAGGAUGCAUUGUGGUCGGAUUGUAUACCAUCAGACAUACUCGGAUUAAUAUCAUCACGUCUUGUUGCCGCAGAAUAUUUUAUUUUUCGUGCCGUUUGUAAAAAAUGGCGUUACACAUCCGUGACCCCUCCACAUUGUCCUGCUCAACCAGAAAAAUCGCCUUGUUUGAUCACAUUGCGUGGAGAUACCGGAAUUGUUGAUUUCUUUCAUCCCGUGUACAAUGUCAUGACGACUACGUCUAUCCCAAUUCCGAAAUUAAUGGAUUCCCGAAUUCGAAGUUCAAAAGGUAAUUGGUUACUCAUAAGUCAUGGCAGUCACAACAUGUUUUUUUUCAAUCCUAUUAGCAAUGACAUAAUUGAACUUCCUGAUCUACAAGAGGAGUAUGAAAAUAUUUGCGUUUGGACAUUCUCAUGUCCUCCAGACUCGUCGUCAUCUGCUUGCUUUGUUGUUGGUUUUGAUUACCUUGAUUUUUAUGAGUAUACUUUUUGA